AUGUUCAAAGUUACACUUCGUGGCGCUGCCACGCGUCGUUUUGUGAAAACGGAUUGGAUCACUGCUUACCAGUCGUUUGGCGAAGGUCCCAAGUAUCAAUUUGCUGGGUUCGGCAAUCUGGAAGCUCUUAAUGAAGACAGAUUUCCUCCAAGAAGAGGUGUCAACAUGCACCACCACAAUGACCACGAAAUAUUCACUUAUAUGUUAUCAGGUGGGCUUACACAUCGUGAUACAAUGGCCGCUAAGGAAGAAGACAAGUCAUACACUAUACACCGAGGUGAUGUACAGUUUAUCAGCAGCGGGAGUGGUAUCCGUCAUUCCGAGAAAAAUGCGCAGGGCAACGAGGUAGCUCAUUUACUGCAAUUCUGGGUCAAACCAUGGAAGAAUUGUUUAGGACCCCGAUAUGAAACUAAGACGUUUUCAGAAGCUGACAAAAGAAAAGGAUUUGUGACAAUAAUUAGCCCGUUUUCCGAGAAAGAAAACUCCAACAGCCAACCAGUUGUUCCUGGAUCCAUAGCAAUCAACUCUGAUUUCAGUAUGGGUGCAGCGAUCAUUCCGCCCGGAGAAAAGUUCAGCUGGACCGUUACCGGCGCCGCUAAUGCAUCCGGCAACUCAUCGGUCGGAGAUCCUUCCCCGUCUCGAAACAUUUACGUCUAUUUACCCAGUUUACAAGAUGGGCUCUCUAAAAUUAAAGUAGCUGGUCAAGAAACUCUGUCAGAAGGCGAUGGUGCGUUUGUGGAAAAUAUUCGUCCUGGUGACUUGUUGGAAAUAGAGUCUGUUGGUGAAAAAGACGCCGAGGUAGUGGUUACUGACUCUGCAUAG